GCAGAAGUGGGUGGAAGAGAUGAACACACAGGAGGGGAGGUGUAGAGCCUGAGGAGGAGCACGCGGCAGGGAGGUGACAGGCAUGUAGAAAGGUGACAAACAAAAAAAUGUGGCAGGACCGGCUGCAGCAGUGACACUGAGGGAGGCCGCCUGCAGGAAAGACAGUCCAGCCAUGGGACACUGAGAGCCUGUCCUCCGCAGCAUGGGGACUGAGUGUCCAGGAAGAGAGCUACAGCCCACAAUGAACUGACGCCUGGAAUCCAUGGGGAGUCUGGGAUCUAGGGAUGGUCUGCUGCUGCUCUUCCUCACCUUGAGACUACUUCUCCUGUCAAACGUCAGCCGAGGGCAGGACUCCUGCUCCGAGGAGGAAAGUGGAGUGGAAAUAUUUAGCAAAAAAGUCUCCGCCAACUUUCAAUUUAAACUAAAAGAAUCUCUUAUCUUUGUGUCCAAUGUGAGCGCCCUGACCACAUACCGGGCCCUUCCCUCCGAAUCUCUCUCCAUAUCCACCGUGUCGCUGCGUGAUGGGCUGUCAUGUAAACUGUGCCUGCGCAUCAACAUUUCAGUGAAUGCUACAGGGCUCCCCAGACUCCGAGGUUUUGUGGUUCGGGGUCUGGAACUAAGUGAAAAUACAUUUCAUUCAUUCCGGAUUAUAAAGAAAAAAGGUUAUAAAAUAGAAAAUUUGUGGGAAGUGACGUAUGACUGCUGGAGCGUCACGGCUGGACAAUACAUAUCUGUUACACUGUUAACCCAGCCGAACUAUGGCUUGUCUGUUAAUAAAAUGUACUACGUUUCCAACCGAGAUGCAAAACCAGAUUUCCAGUAUACGCACAAAGCAGAGGAGAAGAAGUUUGAGAUAUCGGUACCCGAUGGUCCAGAUGUGUACGUCCGGCUGUGUUAUCUGUCCAAUAUCUGCGAGGAUCUAGAAAGCAGCAGCAAGAAGCUGAUCAAUUCCUCCAAGAAUGCUUCUCUGUCAUAUGAGAACCUACUGCCAUGUUUAUGUAUUGAGGCCUUUUACACGUAUCGUGACAGCAAACGGGAGAAGAAAUGUCCUUUCCUGGAGCAUCCAGAACCCUACAUUGAAGAAUUACUGAAGGUGUCUGUGCAAGAAAUCUAUUACCACUCCGACACGAUGAGCGUAAGAUUCGAGAGCCCUUGUCCUGUGGAGCCGACAGUGACUGUUUGUAGAAAGCGAAAUGGAAGAUGCGUCACGGAACACAAGGCCAUCACGAAAGAACAUGGGAAGAUAUAUUACUUUAAGAGCAUUGACAGCGAUCAUCACCUGUGUUUUAAGUUCUCAUUACGGAAUCGCGCCCAUAUAAAAUGUCCAGAUUGGAGUGAUCGGCUCUGGAAUAUGGACCUGAAGAUUCAGCUUUUCGAUGUGCUGCUCACAAUAUCCUCGCAAAUUCCGGCAUCUUUUAGUGCAGCGAUGUGUCGCCAAAACCAGCAAACUGGAGACUGCGACCUUCAGUCCAUCAUCUAUAAUAUAUCCACGCAGCAUCAAAAUGGAUCUCAGCUAUCACUCCCUCGCCCCCGCAUUGGACACUGUAUCAAGGUUUGGCGCUCCGAUGUCCGUGUUUCACAUCCAUAUCUCCUCUGCUCAUUUGACUUUUCUCACAAGCAUCUGGGGCUCCUCGCUCUCGUCACGUCGCUGGUGAUUUUCACCCUGAUUCUCAUCGUCUACAUCAUUUAUCAGAGGACGCGGAAGAUCUUUACAGCUCCACUCCGGAGAAGAACCAUCCUACUCGUCUACUCCCCCGAUUCGGCAGAGUACAAGACCCUCAUCUGCGCCUUCGCCGACUUCCUGCACAGCAUCCUGGGAUGUGAGGUCAUCCUGGACUUAUGGGACAUGAACACGGUCAGCCAAAUUGGAAUGCUGCCUUGGUUUUACCAGAAGAGGGAGCUGGUGAGCCAAAGGAAAGGCAAAGUGAUGAUCGUGUGGACAAGACAAAGCAGGACCAUGUACGACCAAUGGAAGAAAUGCCAGGUCAGCAGCCUUGGAAGCAAAGACGCAACGAAUCUGUUUGGAGCAGCCGUGUCCUGCCUGGAGAAAGACUUUGAGGUGCACCGUGGACGUGAAAACCUGGUGGACUAUACAAUGGUCUACUUUGAAGGACUUUGCCAGAAGAAGGACAUCCCCAAAUGCUUCAGGAAGAUCUCCAGGUACCACUUGUUUAAAGACCUCUGCAGACUGGUCAGCCAUCUGCAAGACACUACUUAUCUAUCUCCUCCUUGCCUGAUCAAGGCCGUCGCCAAAUACCUCAUGAAAAAGCUGAUAAGCUCCGAAAAAAGACGGGGUCUUCAGCACCACGUAGACAUUUGUAAAAAGAGACUUGAUGAAGACGUCAGCAGAUAACGAGCGAGGACAACCUGACCCGGAGGAAAAAGAUGAAACCCUGGACGGAUCCAUGAGGAGAGACAACUUAUGGGACUCUGUGAUGCGUCGAGUCCGAAGCUUUGUAUAGAUGGUACUAAGUGGUGCUGAUGAUUUUUGUGUAGUGGCCCUUUAAGAUUGAGAAGAGGAGUAUGAUCAUAAGCUCCACCCCUUGUAUGGCCCGUUUCUGGAUUGGAUUGGCUACUAUGGGAAACUCUUCCACUUUUUGUAUGUAAAAGUUUUUGUACAAAAAACCUCUUUAAGGUUCUGAAAACCUGGCGGGAAUUUAUUAAGCCCUUUGCCCCAGAUUAGCGGCCCCAGAAGACUCCUUUUUGCCUGUUUAUACCUUACUCGCCAGUUUCUAAAACAUGUGUGGGGCUUACAGGACCCUAAAAUUUGGCGUAAAUUCGGUAUGUGCCUCUCAAUAAAUUUGGAGCAUAUCACACCAGCCCAAACUGGAUCAUUCUACGUAAAUUCCCCCCCCCCCCCCAACAUUUUUUGGCAUUGGCCCCCCAGAUCCUCCAAAAAUCUUAUCAAAGUCUCUUAUUGGAACAUAGAUUGGGCAGGUUGGACAUUCAACUGCCUGAUCCUUUGCUUCACGUGGAUAUAUCUUUCAAACCAGCCUCUGGAUCUGAAUACUUCUGUAAUUGCAUGUCAUAAAAAAUUCUGUAUAGCCAGUAAGUUAUUCAAUUAAAUGUAUCUGUAUAGCGCCACCUGCUGUUUGUUAUUUUCCUUAUUUAUUGUCCGCCUCACUGAGGUGGUCGCGCAUGCCCAAUUUAAAUCUUCAACUGUCACUGUCUGUUAGAAGUGAUGGCCGUUACAGGGAAAG